AUGUGGGAGAUACGGCCGUGUCUCUCACUGCUACUGUUCAUAUCACUAACAUUGGCUGAAUUCGCUGACUUUGGCACAAAACCAAAAGGAGAGAACCCAACCUUAUAUAACCCUGAAAACGACCCUAUAGUGCAGUUGGAUGAGACCACAUUCAACGAUACCAUCUACUGUGUGAAUGGUACUGAUUGUACGUCUUAUAUGGUCGAGGUAGGUACUUUCGUGGGUAAAAACUUGGUCAAAAAUUAACUAGAAAUGCAAAAAAUGUCUUUUUUAGAUAUAAAUUAAGGUAAAAUUAGGCUUUUUAAAAGCUGUUCUAUGUACUUCCAGACCAAUUACUUCAAUUCUUUUACUUACUUUUUAAAUAUUAGGUUGUUAAAAUAAUUUUGCGUCCUCUAACCCCGAAAACUUGCUUUGAUAAAGGGCGCAGAAUUAUUUGAACAACCUAAUAUUUUUAUAAAAAAACUAAAUGGCACCCUAAUUCAUCUUAAUAUUUCAGUUCUACUCCGACUGGUGUGGCCACUGCCGUGCCUACGCUCCUUUAUAUAAGAGCUUGGCCAACGAUGUGGCAAAAUGGAAGAAUGUAGUCAGGAUUGGAGCCAUCAACUGUGCUGACCCAUUAAAUGAAAACACUUGUAGGGCAAAUGGAGUUAUGUUCUUCCCUCUUAUUAAGGUAAGCCUAGCGUUUAUUUGUAUAUAUUAGCUUGUUCAAAUAAUUGUGAGCCAAUCUCAAAACCAAGUUUCAGGGUUAAGGAGCUCAGAAUUAUUUUAACAACUUAAAAAUUGUUUUUAUAAACAAAGUAGGGUGUUCUCCCGCUUUAGCAAGACGAUAGGAUUACUAAAAAUAGAUUUUGUUACCUAUAAACAGAGUUAUCUGAUAGUAGGCUUGACUAAAUAAAACCUCAUAAAACCAUUCACAAAUACCCAUGAUAAUAUGAAACAUUUUAGUAUUUCUCCAGGAACAGUAGCGCGGACAUAGACGGCCAAAAGCUCAAAACAUAUCAAAGUGUGGCACUGAUGAGGGACCAACUAACUCAAGCUGUGGUCACUGAAAAUGAUCAACAUAACUAUCCAGAUUGGCCUAACUUUCAGCCGCUGAAACCGUAGGUUUCUAUAUUACUUUCUUUUUGUUUUAAAAUUUUUGUAAAAUAGAUAAAAUGAGGUUUUGACAGUGACGCUUACCUAAAACAAUAUAUUUUUAUGAUAAAAAUGCCCUUUUUUUAUUAAAAAUUACACUUGAACCUGCGUUUUUAUAAUCUUUUUAACCUUUUAACGUAAUUUUCUUCCAAAUUCUACGCUAAAACACCAUUUACCAACAAAAAUAUUACCUGAACCACGCCUUUUUAACCACACUUUAUACUCCAGAAUCGCCACAUAUUCCGAGAUCUUCGACGGAGUACCAGAAAAGAUAGACAAAAAGGUUCUAGUGUUCGAAGAAGAUCCUCAAAGUUUGGUCGGAACUCAACUGAUCCUGGACUUACAAGAAUAUAGCGACAAGAUCGCGGUCCAGAAGUGUCGAAAAGGACAUCCAUUGACAGAAGCUCUUCAUAUCUCGGACUAUCCGACUGUAGCCAUCUUCAAACGAGGAGAACAUGAACCUAUCAUGCAGGCUGAGUAGGUUUUUAUGAUGGAUUUAAUAUUUUUGAGUUUUGGGUAGAAUCUUUUAUUUUGGGCGAAAUGUCAAAAAAUUAUUGGAAGAGAUUGUAGCCAACUUUUUAGUUCUUCAAUGUUAAAAGCCUUGAAGGACAAGUUAUUUUACACAUUUUAUUCAAUUUUUAUAAUCAAAGGUGUUAAUAUUUUAAGUUUUAACGAAGUGUCACAAAGUUAUUGGAAAACCAACCCUAUAUAUUUGGAUUAAAUUUAUAACUUUGGCCUACCGUAAGCUUACUCGUCAGGCCAGUAGAUUAAAAAACAACAUUUUACAACUCAUAUCUAAUUUUAUUGUGAAGUUUUAAAUUUUUAAAAGUUUUUAAACUUUUGACAUUAUGACUUUUUCUUAUCCACCUGAUCAGCCAAUCUUAAAAUUUCAGACUCCGCCGUUUGUUGUUCAACGAAAUCGAGGAGUAUCUGGGUAAGGAAGGUCACAUUGCUGGCCUCCGGUUCGGGAGUCACCCACACAAUCGAACAGCUCAGGUCGCGUCAGACAGCGCCGAGAAACCGGAAGAGGAAGAGCAAACGAACAGCACCGUAAACGAAUGCGAACGGAAUCCGGACAGGUGAGUCUAAUAUGGUUCGAAAGUUUUUGAGUUCAACGUUUAGAGAUCAAGCUUGAUUUUUAACUGUAAUUUAAAAACUAAAAUCUUCUUAAUUUACGUUUUAUUUUCAGUUGCAAAGCCAAGUACUAUGCCUCGGAAUUGGACAUGCUCAAGGCGAUGCGCUAUGCGUUGUUGCGAGAAGUUACCAGGAAUGGAGGAGACAUUUCUGGCAAUAAACUGUCUGCUUUGUACACCUUCACCGACGCUCUGGCUAAUGUAAGAGACUUUUUUUUAAAUUGUCAUCUAAAAUUUUAUUUUUGGGGUUUUUUCCUGAUUUCAAAUUUGAUUUUAGCGGAUUAUUGACUGUUCUUACGUCAAUUUUUGGCGGUUUUAUGUUGAUUUUUAAGCAUAAUAACGAGAAAUAUUAUCAUUACGAGUUAUUUGUAAUAAAACUUUAAUUUAAUAUUAAUAUACGUUAAUUGAACUUUAAUUCUAGCACUUCCCCCACAAAACGAUAAGUCAGGCCGAGAAUGGAUCAGAUGUGUACUUGGAUGCCAGUAGUCGUGCACGAGUUGUCUUCACUCAUAUGAGGGACUUUAUCAAACAGAAUGGACUUGAGAACCCAUUACCUGCUGAUGAAUGGAAGGCAGAGUUCGUCAGGGCUGAGGUAUGGUUACUUGUUAUAUUGUAGUAGGUUUAGGGCAAUUUUGAUAUUGAAUUUAAGUUUUUUAUCUUUGCAUAUAACCAAUAAUGAGCAAGUUGAUGCAAAAAGAAAGGCUUAUUUUUAUGUUUUAAAAAAUAUUUUAGAAAUUUCAUUUUCAGGAAGACCAAGGCAAGCCCUUCCCCACCAACUCAGACUGGCAACAUUGCAAGGGAUCAUCACCACAAUAUCGAGGUUACACCUGUGGCUUAUGGACAACAUUCCAUGCCUUAACUGUCCAUAAUUACAAGAAUAAGGGAAGUGAGGAAGGUUACGAUCCGAAGGAUAUUCUGAAGGCGAUCCGAGGCUGGGUCGGCAGUUUCUUUGGCUGCGAACAUUGUAGACAACACUUUUUGAAAAUGACUGGCAAAAACUUCAAAAUGGAUGAUCAUGUAGGUAGUUGAUUGUUGUGCUAGGGGUGGUAUGGUAUAGUAUGGUAAAGGAGAGUUGGGUGGGGUAGAGUAGGGAAGGUUGGGGUAUGGUAGGGUAGAGUAGAGAAGAGUAAAGUAGGUUUUAUUCAAUAUUUUGACAGGAUCGCGUCUUAUUAGGCCGUUCAAAUAAUUCUGUGCUUCUUGACCUCGAACAUUUGCUUUGAGAGAGGGCACAUAAUCAUUUGAACAACCUCAUAUAAUACUUUUACGAUUUCUAUAAUACACUUAUCAUUAUCAUCGUAUUCUUCCAGAUCCACAAGCCGGAAGAUGCCUUCCUUUACCUCUGGCGAGCUCACAAUAUUGUGAAUGCUCGGUUAAAAGGUCGUGACACUGAAGACCCAAAAUAUCCCAAGGUCCAGUUCCCAGCCUCAUUCUUGUGUCCAGAAUGUAAAGUAGGUGGAGAUCAGGAGAAGGACGAGGAAACGACCAAGCAAUACCUACUUAAUUAUUAUAGCAACAUCAGACCAGUGGUCGAUUAA